GAUGUUAUCUACAUUAACCUAAAAGUGUUGUUUUGUUUCUAUAAACUAUUGUCAGCAAAAUAGGAAUAAAUUCAAUCCAUAAUUACUAUGAAAAGACAAAGUAAUGUAUCUCAUUACAAGAGACAUGUGCCUUGAUUCAAUAUAGCGAAUAUAAGCCGAAAAAUACAAGAAAAUCUCCAAUAUGGCUACUAAUAAUUUAGGAAUUGACUGGAUCGGAUCACUCGGAGUUGGGGUCGUAGACUUUGAGACCCCUUCAGCUGGCGAGUCGAGUCAAGGGACCUCAAACAUGAAUCAGUAUGAGCAAAUUGAUAGAUCAAACACUAGUGCAACAUUAAAGAGAAAUCCAAAAAUGGAACUAUCCAAAAAUGAUUUACUUAAGUUAGUUACUUAUUUUGAAGGCGAAAUUCAAGCAAGGGACAUCGCAUUGGCUGUUCUCAAGUCGGAAAAGCUGAAACAGGUAGUAAAUGUGGGACGGUACAGGCCAGCGGUAAUGUCAGAUCCUUACACAGCUUUACUAAGAGAUAGCAUAGCAGAUGGUUCGUCUUCCAAGGCAGCUGUUUCAGAGAAAGAAAUGGCACAAGUUGCUGAACAGCAGCUACAAGCACUAGAGCAGCUAGUCCUCCAGCAACGAUGGGCACACCAGCAUAUGAUCAGCAUACUUAAAGAAGCAGAAAAUAAACAUAAGAAGGUGAUACAGGAACUAGAAGAGGAAAAAAGUAAACAUGAACAUGAUACUGCUCAGGGAGAUGAUAUCACAUAUGGCUUAGAAAUGGAAAGAACACGAUUGAGACAAGAACUAGAGAUGGAGAGAAAUGCUAGGAAAAAAUUGGAAAAGGAGGUUAAACGACAAGUUGAAAUGGCUGAUGAAGAGAGAGCAAGACAAAAACAAAUCGUAUUGUUGUUAUUGGCUGAGAGAAAGAAGAUUAUUGUAAAGUAUAUCGAAGAAAGAAAAAGGAGCGAAGAUCUUGCACAGAUUUUGUCAGAGGAGAAAUCAAGGGUGGACUCAAUGGCAGAAGGUUUGGAGGAAGAGAGCAAGAAAUCAUUACAAAUGGAAGCUGAACUAGAAAAGCAGGUACACGUGUACGAAGCUGACAAAAAGGGUCUGAAGGCUCAACUAGCGGCGAAAGAAGGCCGAUGCCAAGAAUUGGAAAUGGAGCUUCAAAGAGUUAAGGCUGAAUACGAAGCACUCAGAACCAGGGUGGCAGCCAGCUUACCCAACGAUGGUGCAGCUCCUAUGACCAGCAGCGUUGCUAAGGUCGUCCAACCGACUGCUACCGUUUCCAGUGUUCCCGUUUCAGGGCCAACGACUGGUAUUGCUCAAUCUGUGAUGCCGGGUCAAGCAUUACGACAAACUAACAUCACUUCUACAGCGAUGGCGGCAGGAAAGGUGAUUGGAGGUGGUGUUGUCGGCGGUGGCACAGUCAGUCGCACCCCUUCGAAGGCGGGUGCAGGUGCAUUUCAUCCCCAUCCCCCUGUCCAAAGUUCAGGAACGGCAGUCUCCCCGGCCCCCCAGACGCCUCCUAAGAAAGGAGCAGGUACCGCAAGGGGGGUGCCGCCCCCAAUCCCGCCCAACAAGCCGGUCAUCCCCACCAAAUCGGCCACGGUCAUCAGGAGACCCGAAAUGGCAGGGGCCCCCUUGGGAGGUAUCACUGCAGAAGGUCAGGAGAAGAAGAAGCCGGCUCCGAUACCGGUACCCGUCGUACCACCACCCAAGGAACCAGACGCUCCCAAACAAGGGCAGGGGAUUGAGAUGCUGGGUCAAGAACUGGCCGAUUUCCAACAGAUGUUCGUUACCAUGGCAACCAGCAAUAACACCUAAUAAUGCCGAACGGAUUGUAGACUUUUAGGAAACUUGACAAAGAAAGUUUUGGAUGGAAAAUUUGACGCUUCCUCUAUUUAUUUUAUCUUUAUUUCACCUGUGCAAUUUUGCGCAUCAGGUAUUUUUUAGAUUUAUUGUUUUAGGUAAAUUGUGUCAAACUGGAAAUAACCAUAAUUUUAUUCGUCUAUUUCCUUCGAUGCUUCUUGUUUGGCAGCUGACUAGACUAUAAAUACGCCAACGUUAUAAGUAUUUGAAAGUUAUUGAGAUCAAAGUUGUGCACACAAGCGCAUCUUUUAUUCUAUUUUUUUUCAUGUUUCGUUGAAUUUGUCUAACAGCUUAUAGAAUCAGUGUAUUCCUUUGUUUUAAUGCUCCCGCGUUACUAUGACAAUGAUAACAAGAACUUAACGCACCCUGUAUAAUGGCUCAAGCGCUGGUUACAUGCUUGCUCUCAUCUAUAGCAGCUUAUAUAGAAAAAAACAAUCGAAUAGCUUAUGUCUGAUCCAUUCUAAAAAAAUGAGCAUGUACUUCAAUGUAAAAUACGAAUUAUGUAGCAUGAAAUGAGUGUUUUUGGGUGUUGUAGAUAUUAAGGCAGAAGAUACCUAGAAAGUAUGAUUUACAUAUUGUACUUUGAAAAUUAAGAGCGUAAACGGUGGAGUUGAAAUUUUAUCGUUGUUUCUAAAGAGUCCCUUCAAAACCUAUCACUGAUAUUUUGAGUUUACAGAAAACCGUUUAUUUUAUUUCCAGACUCCACUUUUGUGGUGUAGUGUAUAUUUUAUUUGUUUUGCAAUAGUACGAACGAGAUUGGUUUCGGAGAAAGAAAUAUUCAAAUGCAAUAGUUACUUUGACGGUUAAUAUUAUUUAACCAACAUUUUAUUGCAGCAUUAAAUCCAUUUCUGUCUGCCGCUUCUUUACAUACUCGACAAAAAUAAAGGGGUUCACUUGAAAAUUUAUGUGAUCUCAAAAUGACCUUGAAGAUUCAAGGUCAAGUAUGUACUUGAACUUGAAAUUGUCCACAAUCUGCAUUUGAGCGAUUAAAAAUAGAAAAUCUAACAUCACUUAUUCUGUGGUUUACAUAUCGAUAAUCCCUCAUGCGUGCAUGGCCAAUAGAACUAUACUGUAGUAAACGUUGCAAUCACAAAGAAGAUUUGCCAAGAGUUGUGGUUUUAUUGUCCAGCAUGGGGUAUUAUUAGAAAUAGAUGUUUCCCGUUGAAAAUUCAUUUGAUCUUCAAAUGACCUUGAUGGUAAUAGUCAACGUCAUGGACUUAGUUGAACAUAGUUUCCAUUUGAGAAAACUGUUCAAAUGACCUUGAAAGUUAUGGUCAAGGUCGCCAUUAUAUGAAUCUUUUCAGAGCUUACAACUUCAUUACAUAACAGUUUUCUUUAUGAAACUUUGCGAUAUAUGUUGCCCUUUCCAUACUGCCAGGACACGCUCCAAUACCGAGAACAUCAUAGUCAAGGUAACGGACACAGACAUACUUCAACGUAAAAUUUCUCGCUCUUUACAUUUCCGGUGUCAAAAAUAGGGGCUUCAUUUGAAACCGUCAAAUGACCUUGAAGGUCAUAGUCAAUGUCACGUCCUUGAUGCAUCCUUACAACUUUGUUCUGGAACAUUUUUCUCCAUGAAACGUCUUUUUAGAGAUAUCUUUUCAUGGAUAAAAUUAUGCCCAUAACCUUCAUCGGAUUUCAAUCAUUAAGUGUAUAAAUCUUUGCGUCUCUCCAUAUUGUGGUUUGGAUGUGAUGCUGACAGAAUAUAUAUAUAUAUAUAUAUAUAUAUAUAUAUAUAAAACAAAAAAUAGGAAAAUAAUGGGCAAAAUCCGCAAAAAGAAGGAAAGUGGAUUCGAGCAGAAAAUAGGAUAGGUAACCCGAGCGAUACGUAUUUCUGCUGGUUGGCUUCAUCAGGCCCGAAAUGAAUGCACAUAUGCAACUACAAGAGCCAACCUACACAUUGUAGUAUAAAAUGGCUAGAAAACCUCGAAUUCUCAAGGCGACAUCUAACCACAACCACGCGGCCGGUUAUAGCCAUAUUGUUGUGGACUUUGUGUGUGAUUUUUUUCCCUCCCCAUCUUCGUUUCCUCAGGUUACACCCGUAUCCGGAUGUAUGGGCAUGUGUAUCUACUUUUGCAGUUGCAUAUGUGCAUUCAUUUCGGGCCUGAUGAAGCCAACCAGCAGAAAUACGUAUCGCUCGGGUUACCUAUCCUAUUUUCUGCUCGAAUCCACUUUCCUUCUUUUUGCGGAUUUUGCCCAUUAUUUUCCUAUUUAUUGUUAUAUACCUUUCUCCGCAUGAUCAUUUUCUCCUUUUAUAUAUACAUAAAAGUCCAUUAUUUUCGCGUGAAAUCCACUGGCGUUGGAAAAAAGGUGGGUUGUCAUCUGGAAAAGCCCGCGUAGCUUCAUCGUGUACUGGAUGACCCUGUACACAACCUACAGAAUGGUAUUAUUCGGAUUAUCGCCGAUCAAUAGUAUUCAAACUAAGCUGAGAUAAUGUAUGGCUUCGUGGCGUGUGUUGCGUAUCAAUACCAAAUUUCAAAACAUAAUCAUGUUGAAAUAUUAACAUGUUGCUCAUCAUAAUCCGAUACAACAUAUUGUCAAUAAAGGUGAAAGGUGUAGAGGUGUAGAGAAACUGUAUUUAUUAGAGUUUUUAGUGCAGGACAAACCUUCGUUAUCCGUUAUCUAAAUAAGAAAGCUCCGUAAGCUACGGAGAAUAGGUCGUUCAUAAGGUUGUUUUUUUCGGAAUUCGUAGAGCUGGAUAAGCUUAAUUAAAACAAUUUCAAGAUGUAAAAACAUAUUGGUUAAAAUAUAAUAGUCAUCUGAGUUUUUGAUCACGGAUAAAAAUAAAUGCAAGACAGAGACAGUAUUCUAAAUAAAUUGGAUUGUCCUUAUUUUUCUGGCAAGUUGGCGUUUCAUUGUAGUUCUGCUCGUUUUGUGUUCAUACGGCGGAUCUGUUAAAGCACAGCGUUGCCAGAUGGAUAGAAUUUCCCCAGAACACACAAAAAUCUCACAGAAUUAAUACUUUAAAAAAAUCCCAAAAGUUAAUUACUGAAAAGGGGUAGGUUUGUACUUUCUAUCCGCGAAACGUGUGAUAUACCUCAGCACAUUAAAUCCCCAAAAAAUUCCAAAAUAAAAAUCUUCCAUAUUGUGCAACAUCCCCUAACAUGGCAAUUCUGUCAAAGCACCGUUGGUACUCUAGGCGUCACGUUUCGGGGUCGUUUUUCAAAAAUAACCUAACGGAAGGCUUAACCAUUAUUAUUUUUGUUGCACUAAAUAUUCUCUAUCAUAUAAAUGAAUGUACUGUCAUCGAAUUACCACAAAAGGAGUUUGUGUAAUGUAAGCAGUACAUCCACAAAGCUUCAUGCAUGUUUUCGACAUAUCUUUUUGUGUAAAUAUUGUACAAAUCUUAACUCUAUUUCGCGCUAUGAAAUUACGUGUAUUAUAUUUUUCCAUCCAAAAUUUUACUUUCGCGCUUUGGCAGUUUGGGGUUGCUCAAUCCCACAAAGUCCACCUUUUAAUGUGAUAAUUACAACUAUACUUGAUGUAUAUCUUUAUUUCAUUCUAAUCACGAAAAUUUUCGGAAAAUAGUAUUAAAAAUGUAUCAGGAAUUAUGUAGAAUUCUCAAUUUAGACUUAUUUGAUUAUAUUGUACUCCAUUUGAAGACAUUUAUGUUCAAAUAGUUAGGUAUUUUGAAAUCAGGAAUAUUGUAUUUAUUGAUUUACCACAUUUAGAUCGUUUUUUAUCAAUUCUUUGUACUUAUAUUUUACCACAUGCAUACUCCAUGUGACCACACAUAUAGACAACAAGUCAUUACUAUGCAAUAAGCAAUUCGAGUGUUCGCAGAAGAUAAAACAAAUAAAUAGCAAAAACCGUUUUUUGUGAUAAUGGAAUUAUAGAUAUAAAAGAUUUGGAUUAGAUACUUUGUUAUGACUGUUAGAAGAUUUUAAUGACUGCUAAGUCUUUAUUUAAAGUAUCGUAGUGAGAGAUUCUUAAAUAGUCCUUAGAGAUGAAAGGUGUAUACAAUUAGAUAAGUAUGUCUUGAUUAUGAGAUUGUUUCUAUUAUUUUUUUAUUAUGAUUUGCAUCUGUCG